GUUAAGAGAGAAGUCUGAAUAUUCCUCCCUCCCUAGUCUCUUAAGCAAGCUCCUUGGAUCUAUCUAUAUUUUUGUGCAGAGAGAAAAUGGAGGAGGAGAAGAAGAGUUUCAAGAAGAUGACGAGUGUGUUUCCUAAGAAAGAGGAUUUUGAUGAAAUUAUUCUUGGUGUCGAGCAGUAUUAUAAGAUAAGGCCUGUUGUCCCAAAAUUUAAAAGAUCUUUCCGUCGCCAUUAUGCAGAGAAAGUAAGGGACGCAAGGAAUCUCAUGUUGGAUAAGCUCAUUCUGUAUUCCAACGAGCUUCCUACCGAUUACAAUGAUGAGCUUCUCUAUCAACGCUUCCAACCAUUUCACUGUAUCCUCGCUCGAGACCAACUGCGUCGUGCAGUGCAAGUGAUUGGCCAGAUGGCCUCUUAUUUUAUCCGGCUACUGAAGAAGGAUGAGUGUGAUUCACUGGACCAGUGCAAGCGCCUCAAGGUGACUGCUCUUGGGUGUAUGUAUACUGUUGCAAUGAGGUGCCUUCCUAGCUUGGCUUUUCUCGACAGGAUCAGGCAGUACAUGGCAAAUUUGGAAGAUGAUGAGAAUGCUUCUACUGCUACUGCUACUGCUACUCUGACGAUCAAGACAGACCAAGAUGUCUUGGCUGAGGAACGCUGCACAGUCCCUAACUACUUUGAUGCUCAUAAGCUUGAUGGCUUUGUUGAUCCAGAAACUAUGUCUUGGCUUUGGGAGUUGGAAAGUAAACAUGGCGCCCUGCUCCAAGAUGAUGUUCAAGUGAUGAGCAGCAUGGAAGCAUUGGUGAUUUAAAAGCCCUUCAUUUGCAUACAUAUAUCCAUCAAGCUGUU